AUGUCCAACCUCCAAUACAGCAGGUCAACACUCCAUCCGACCGCGGGACCUAUAUCCUCUCCAUCUCUAUCGAUCAAGACCUCAUUAUCCUCGACACCCAGAGCCAAGUUCACAACCGACGUCCUCACCACACUUCGCGCCCACCAGAUCAUGCUCACAAACCUCUAG